AAUAACUUGAGGGAUUCCAGCUUUCUCACCAGUGCCCUCUCUUCAGCCUGAAAAGGAAUCAGACCAAGUUUGAUGUUAAGUGCAGGAGUUUUGGUGUUGGUGCACUUAAUAUUUGCCUAUUAUACCAACUGAUUUUAUUUCUGAAAUGUACUUACUUUCUUUUACAAUAAUGUGCAAUAAAGUUAAUAAUAACUUAUUGUCUAAAUGCAAGCAUAACAGGGAUGAGAGUUAUGUGAAUUCUUGUGCAGAGUUUAUUACAGUUCAGGAAGUUCAUGUAAUCGAAGACAGUGAUUGACCAAUGAUCCAAUAAAUAAAGUCCAACAAAGGUGUAUGGGUACAUAUAUUUACUGGAAUUAGUGCUUUGACCAAAAUGAACACUUCAGAUCACUGAUCAGUCUCAACUCAUAUCACAAAAUAUAUUAUGUAAUAGUUUUUCAAAAUAAAAUAAUAAAAUAUUUCCUAUAGCUGCAGCAGCAAAGGAAAAGAUGAUGAGAAAAGGAUGAUGGUGACAGAUAAAGUUUAAGAUUAUAAGAUGACUCAAGAGUACUGUUAUACUGAGUACCACGGCUGUGAUUUGGCCAAUGGUAAUCUGCAGAUUAAUAACAGACAUUUCACAAACAAUAUUUUGUUUAUUUUUGCUCCGUCAACUAAAAUAGUUCCCAAAGAAACCACAGACUGACUGACCAAUGUAACCAAUGUAACCAACUAUUGCUAGAAUUGGAAUUUCAUGUAGCAAACAUAGACAAGUGCAGUGAUGUAAACAGUGAAAUGUACCAGUGCUGAUACUCAUUAUCAGCACUCUUGGAAUCAAAUUAGUGGACUGGAACUAAAUGUUUUAUAUAUAAUAUAUUUAUACAACACUGGACACUGGCAGUCAGGCACCAGUAUAUGAUGGCCUACCAUCUUAGUGCUCCAAUGUUCAUCAAUCCACAUCAGCUAUCAUAAACUGUGACCUCUGCAUUGCUUUCAGCACUAACCUGAAGUGGCAAAACAUUACUUUAAACAAAUGACUGAUAGGAAAUUUUUAUAUAGCACAUUCAAGGUCACCACUGAUGGUACUGAUUUUUGUGUUGGGGUAUUUGUUUCAGCAGUUGUAGAAUAGAGAUUAGCUGAGUUUAGUAAGCUUGAAGAUAUCUUGCUUUAGAAUGAUAAAGUGUUCUUUCUUUGCAGACAGCAUAUGUCUCAUUAUGUUGAACUGACUGUUCACACUGUAUCAGACCUGAAUGAUAUAUACAGUACGUCCCCUUUUUGCCUAUGGCAUAGAAGGCCAACUGCUCUUGACGAAAAAAAAAACUGUUUCUACAAGUGCAUUGCUCUUAUCGAUUUAUGUGCAUUAACUAUAUGAUACAACUGGGAAAUAUGUGCAAUAACUACUAUAUGUGCAAUAACAAGAAUAGUGCAAGAAUACAGAAUGAGGAAUAAAUAAAAAUCUUCUGUGGGCAACUCCUACUAUAUGUGCAAUCUGGUGAAUUGGAGGUGAAGCUGAGGACGGCAGGAUGAAAAUGCAGGUUUUUUGUAUGUCUUGUGUAUAUAUGUACACAGCAGACUGUGUUAUUCAGUUUAGGGGAAACUGCAGUCUUAUAACACCAGCAGAGGGAACAUCAUCCUACCAGUGUUGAGAGUUUUUAUCACUUGAAGUUUCAGCUUCAACAUUGACGCAUCCAGCAUCAUGAUGCUCCUGAAGCUCACAUUACUCACCUUACUUAUUGCAGCUCCCGGCAUGCAUGUUUCUGGAGAGAAUUUGCCCUGCACUGCUGAUGGCGAGAACAGCAUGUGUCCGAUAAGUGUUACCUGUGAAGGCGGUACUGCUGUGCUGAAUUGUGGUAAUCGCCGUAUAAGGAUCAUCAGAGCUUUCUACGGCCGAAUUGAUUCCACCACGUGUGCUGCAGGACGACCCCGCAAACAAAUCUGCAACAGACAUUGCUCUGCACGUGGUGCACUACACCAAGUUGCAGCUAGAUGUAAUGGAAGGUGCUACUGUCAGGUGCCUGCUACCAAUUAUGUCUUCUCUGACCCCUGCUAUGGCACAUAUAAGUACCUGAGAAUUGCAUAUUACUGUUGCUAUCUAAUAACUUGAAGGAUUCCAGCUUUCUCCGCAGUGGCCUCUCUUCAGCCUGAAAAGGAAUCAGACCAUGUUUUAAAUAUGGCAAACAUGCAGAUGUUAGAGUGCACGAGUUUUGGUGUUGGUGUGCUUCAUAUUUGCAUGUUAUAUAAUCAACUGCUGUAAUGAUUUUUCCCUCUGAAACUUAGUUAUUUGCUUUUACAUGUAAUCACUUUCUUCUAAACUAAUGAACUUUACUAAUGAUUGUGCAAUAAAGUAUCCUCUUUAUGCAGGGCAUAACA